GGAGCCAAUUUUAAUUUUACAAGUUUAAUUGAGUCAAGUAAUCUGUUGACUAUAAAAGCUGAGCUUUGCCACAUAGAUGUUACAGCUGGGAUUUUGGUCCAUCAUGAUGUUCAGGUUUUCUUGGAUCUGCCUUCUCCUUUUGAGUCAACCAGGUCAACCAAUGUCAUUGAAUGUACCCAUGGUGCCAAUGGGCCACAGUGCAAUGAGCCAGGCUGGCCAGCAGGGGGCUUCCCCCAGUGGCACUGCUGUGGGUCAGGCGCGGCAGCAAGCCCAGAUGAUGCAGGCGCCCCAGCGGCAGCAAGCCCAGAUGUUCCAGAUGAUGCAGGCGCGGCAGCAGAUGAUGCAGGCGCGGCAGCAGAUGAUGCAGGCGCGGCAGCAGAUGGUGCAGGCGCCCCAGCAAGCCCAGAUGAUGCAGGCGCGGCAGCAGAUGAUGCAGGCGCCCCAGCAGAUGAUGCAAGCGCAGAUGUUCCAGAUGCCGGUUCAGGCGCAGCAGCAGCAGCAGGCCAAGGUGCCCCAGGCCCCAGUCCAGUCUCCAUCUUCUGUGAGUUCAGGCUCUGCUGGUUCCCAAGGCAGCUCCUCCACAGGUGCAGUAGGCCCUGAUGCUGAGGCUGCCUCAUCAAGCCAAGAUCGCUUCAUCACACUAACUGCACCUUCAGGCUUCCAAACCAGCUAUGUUGUCCGGUCCUUCCACCGCUACUCGAGGGGCAAGAGGGUGUUUUCCCAAACCACCUACAUCCCCCUGGACUUCCCUCCUCCCCCUCCUGCUGAUCCUGCACCUGCUGAACAGAUCACCCAGGAUGUCCUGCCUGCAAGAAAGAACACUGCACCUGCUGAACAGGAAACCCAGGAUGUCCCCCCUGCCAGGAAGGGAUGAGAUGUGCUCCUGAACGGACACCAUGGUUGUGAAUUGUAUUUUAUUUUGUUAAUAAAACAUGGUUUAUAUAA